CGGUGGCGUCGCGCGUCCGAGUCGACGCGCGGCGCGCGAGCGCAUUCGCACUCCAUGUCCGCGUCGCCCGCGUCGCUCGUCGCUCUCGCGCGUCGCGUCGCGCAGUGGCGCGCCGUCGACGAUGACGCGCGUGGCGGCGGCGUCGUCGCGCGCGCGAAUCCCAAGGCGUCGCGCCGCGCGCGCCAGCGGAGAGAACCGAACGAAAGCCACCCCAAACGCAAGUACACGAUCGAGGAGCGUUUGAAGCACAAGGGCGUGGACGUCGAGCGGGCGCGGAUGGGCGGCGCGCGGGACCGGGACGACGCCGGCGGCGGGGCGGCGUCGAGCGCGGCGGUUUCGACGAGUGGAGACGUCCCGAAGGGCGAAGACGUGUGCGAACGCGUGGCGGAGUUGGCGUUCAGGCAAGACGCCGAGGGGUGGCCGGCGCAAAAGACGGAGGCGUGGGCGUUCGCGCGGGCGAGCGCGUUGACGGCGAGCGACGUCGGGCGAGUGUUGAGCGGCGACGGCGCGAAAGUCUUGAUGCGCAAACAGCGCACGCGAGCCGCGGAGCAGGCGUUAGAGCGCGACCGUGCGACUUCGGCUUUGGUGCGAGAGGUAACAGAGGCGCCGGUGGCGACGGGGUCGUCGAAAAAGGAAAGGAAAGGGAAGGGCGGAGGUACGUCUCCCGCGAUUCGACACGGUAACGAAUUUGAAUCCGAAGCCUUGGCGCACUACGAAGCCGUAUUGGGGACAAAGUGCCUGGAAUUCGGACUCAAAAUACAUGACGUGCACUACUGGCUCGGCGCUUCGCCCGAUGGCGUGCAUCCCAGCGGUCGCAUCGUCGAGAUAAAAUGUCCGUACUCUCGACCAAUCAUCGCGCGUCGGCGCGCGAUGGAGCACUAUGCCCAAAUUCAAACCUUGUUGGAAGUCUUCGACCUCGAUUAUUGCGACUUUGUGCAGUACAAGCCCGCGGGACGCGGCAAAGGCCGUUCGGGCGACCCUGACGCUCCGGAAUUCCUCUGCGAAACCAUCGCUCGAGACGCCGAGUGGUGGUCGACGCACUUCGACGAGCUCCAAACUUUCGCCGCGAGCCUUCCUUCGCCCUAG